CAGCAUAUUCCUUUCCGCGAUAAGCAAGCGCUAGUCUUCUCUUAAUCUUGUUCGUACAAAGUUCACACUAGUGUCACAGUGCUAUUGACAUCCUAUUUUUCUGAUCAAGUGGAGUAUAAAAUGCACUCAAGUUUUCCGCACGACUGGUCAGUGGCUGCACCUGUUCCCAAGAUGCUGUCAAACAUAGAUGACGUCAACCGAUACGAGAAACUGAUGCCAAACAUGGAUGAGGCAAACAAGGAGGAACUCAAAUCAACUUUUGACCAAGAAACGGGCGAGUCAAUUGGAGACAACGUACCUGGAAAUGAGGAAAUGGAGAACCGCCCCGCUGAACAGAGUUCUGACAGAGCUGCGGCUUGUGGUGAAUGUCUUGGAGAAUCUGAUCAGGUUCCGGAUGCAAACAUUUGUAACAAGGAUUUCUUAAAUGUUUCCCACAAAGAAGAUUCGAAUGAUUUUGGUGAGUUUCACUACUAUAAUGCAAACAGUGGAAAGUCAGAAUUGGUCCCCCAAGAUGGAGUACUGAAUGAACAGCACAUGCAGUCAUGUCCUGCUUCAGAAGUUCUGAUCAAUGAUGGAGAAGAUGAUCCUCGACGCAGCAUUUCAAGAAAUCUACCUCAAAACUCCCUGGGUCCUGCAAACCAUGGUCAAUGUCAUUAUACAGUGAUUACUGAAAUACACGAAGCAAAUAAUGAGUAUGACCUUGAAAUUUGGGUUUUGAUCAUUGUUCUGGUAGGUGUACUCGCUUUGAUGAUAAUUAUGACAUACGCGUACAGCCACCCAACCAUCAUACCGAGAGAAACAAAUAAAUAUGCUUAAGUUGCUACUUGAGUAAAAAGUUUACUGAAAAAUUUAGUUUAAAUUGAUUGAAAAGAGCAUAUAUAAUUUACAGUUAAAAGGUUAUAUGCAAAUUAUUGCUUAUUUUAUUCUUUAUAUGUUAUAUCCUUAUGAAUAUCCUUAAUGUAUUUAUAUAAUGAUUGUAAACUUAUACUUUCAAAUGUCAGUGAUUAUUCAGUAAUUUCCUCUCGGUUGUGAAUUUUCACAUUGUUGCAAACUUCAAUUUAUGUUUUUUCUUAUAAGGUGUAUAUCUUUCUUACUGGUUUUUGUAACGCAUUAAGGCCCCUAACUAAUUGAUUAAACUUUUGUUUGUUGUAUUUUUGUUGACAAAAUCAUUACGUUAAAAAAAGUUCAUUAACCAUAUUUUCAUGUCCGAUUUUUUACUAACUAUACAAUUAAUCAUGUGUAGUUAUCUUUACUUCUUUUUCAG